AUGAUCAUUGACGGAAGAACAUUUGUCGUCUCGGGCGGUGCUUCUGGCCUCGGCCGUGCCUGCGUUCGGGACAUCGUCAAAUCGGGCGGUAAUGCUGCCGUCCUUGACAUGAAUGAGGAAACCGGAGCUGCUCUGGUCAAGGAACUUGGAUCUUCCAUUCGCUUCUUCCAGUGCGACGUGACCGACACCGAGAGCAUUGCGUCCGUCGUGAAGUCGACGGUCGAAUGGAUCAAGGAGACUAAGAAGCCUCUCGGUGGAAUCAUCCCCGCUGCCGGAGUUGGAAGUCCGGGGUUGAUGCUUGACAAGUCCCUGAACCCUCUUUCCCUGUCGUCCAUUGACUUUGUCCUCUCCAUCAACCUCCGCGGUGUCCUCGAUCUCGUCCGCCAGUUCCUUCCUGCUCUCGCUUCUUCCCCCACCUAUGGUCCCGACGGUGAGCACGGUGUAAUCAUUAUGGUUGCCAGCUCGGCCGCCUUUGAUGGUCAAAUGGGCCAGGUUUCUUAUGCCGCCAGCAAGGGCGCUGUUGCGGCCAUGACGCUGCCCAUGGCUCGGGAUCUGUCCCGUUUCGGAAUCAGAGUCGUCACCAUUGCGCCGAGCAUGUUUGACUCGGCCAUGACGGCCAUGAUGAGCGACAAGGUGAGGACGGGGUUGAAGAAGGCGAUGGAGUUCCCAUCGCGGGCGGGUCAGCCAGAAGAGUUUGCUUCCCUGGCCAGGCAGGCGAUUGAGAAUGUCAUGUUGAACGGUGUAGUUAUCCGGCUGGACGGCGCCACGAGGAUGCCCAGCAAGCUGUAA